UUCAGUUUUUGCUUUGCGCGAGAGCGGCAUUUUGAGAGAGCGUUACACAAAAGUUGUUCGUUCUCUCUGCGCGGUUUUUUUGUUGCUGCAGCCGGUCGAUUUUUUACAGUUUGUUUUUAAAAACGCAGGAACAUGGACAUGCACAGGCUGAUCGCUGAAGUUAGGCAAUGGCCGGCUCUUUGGGAUUCCUCCCAUGCGGACCACUCCAACCGCCUGGAGACGCAGCGCCUAUGGAACAACGUGGCCGAAGUAUUGGGUUGUAAUGUGGAUUUGUGUCGCGCCAAAUGGAAGAAUCUACGCUGCAGCUAUCGCCGGCACAACCGCCGCCAGAGCCUGUCCAAGCAGCAAGCCUCACCCUCCCCUGUCCACCAGUGGUCCUAUGCCGAGGAAAUGGACUUCCUUGGCAAUAUGCAGCGCCGUGACAGCAGCACGAACGAGGAGGAUGACGGGGAUGUGAAGAAGGAAGCGGCGUCGGACUCGGGCAUGUCGUUUAAGAGAGAGACGAUGCCGGCGGACGAAAUGGAGGCGGACAACGAUGCACUGAUGCAGGAAUUCCAGAAUAUGGCCACGCCUCAGGCCCUGCGACGGCUCUCGCAGAGCAUAUCCCUGGCCAGUGCCGCCGCCGAGGAGCGGUCCAUGCCGCAACAAGCGUCCCCAUCCCCGUCCACUAGCGGUUUCGGAUUUGGACAAGGACUGGGACAGGGACUAGGACACGGAAUUGGUCACGGACUUGGUCACGGACUUGGCUUGGGCAUGGGUAUGAACAUGGGAACUGCCAUGGCAGCGGCGGCGGUUAGCAGUUGCCAAUGUGCCAAGCGCGUGGACGAGCAGGUCAACUUUCUGGAGGGACUGAAACGCGAAGAGCAACAGCUGAUGCAGUCCACCAGCCAAGACCUGGCGCGCUGCAAGAAUGUGCUGCAUGUGGGUGACUCGGACUAUAAUUACCUCAUCAGCUUUAUGCCGCUGAUGAAGCAAAUGACGCCCAUCCAGAACGUUUUCUUUCGGGCCAAGAUGGGAGAGCUCUUGCUGCAGACGAUGCAUCAACAGCCGCCGGUGCAGCUUCAGCAGCAGCAACAACAGAUGAUGCUGCAACAGCAGCAGCAACGCCAACAGCAACAACCGCAGCAGCAACAACAACAAGAGGAAUCACAGCCCUCGCAAAUGUUAUUGAACCAGCAGCAGAUGGCCUUGGACCAGGCGGAAUUGCAGUAACAUUCGCGAGUGCAGCGAAUAGUGGGAGAGGGAAACAGCAAGACAGCGAGAGAGAGACAGAGAGAGUGAGUUACAAAGAGAGCGCGCACCGGUUGAGUGCGCCUGUCUGUCCAGUGCACUGUGGUCACAAAGUAGAGAUUAUAUGUUUUAGAUGUU